AUGUUCGAUACCGGCGAGCAGAACGUACAGCUGGUUAUGCAGAGAAGCGCUAUCAAAUACCAAAAUGUGAAGUUCGGUCUACCAAAGUCUAGCCGACCAAUAAUCAAUGUAACAAUCGCCCAAAAGUCCAUCGAGAGGCAUCCGCGUCCAAAUCAUGCAGUCGCAUAUAACUCAACCGGCCUACCACUCGAAUUUAAGGGCUUCAAGCAAAUUCUGUCGCAGCCUUAUUGUUGUCAACGUCCCGUCAGGAACAUCAGGCCAAAUGCCUGGGUGGUCCUCAUAAAACUUACUCGACCACGGCGAACAACUGCAGUCAAGCUCACAAUUGAAUGCAAUCCGUGUGGUGGCAGAGUAGUCACGGUGGUUGAUCAACUUAGUGGUAGAACGGCCACUCUUUUGUGCAGCAAGCAAGCGUUGAAUAACUGCGCACGCUACAAACUCCAGCAUUUCAAGCUGUAUUACUCCCGCAACGACAGAGGCACUCAGAAAGUUUAUAACACUAAUUCAGUGCUACCUCCAGGGACGCAACUCAGUGAUUCAUACGGCGUCACGUUUGUUUUAAGCAAACAAUGGAACCCGAUUUAUGCAGUGCUACCAUCGCAGGUGGAGAUAAUCACAUGUCAAAUCCACAUUACGAGGGGAGUUUCAUCAGCCGAUAAUCCUGACCUAGAUUUCGUUGAAGGUCCACUAAGAGCGGCAGUGGCUCUAUCCGGUGCCAGGCAGGGCCUAAUUGUGAUCGGCGAUUUUGAAACUUUAUUUCGGAGCAGUUAUUGGCGUGAGCUACUGGAAUCAUUUAACGAUAAAAUAAUAAUUGUGCAAGCCACUGGAAUCACUUAG